CUAACACUGUCUUGAAGGAAACCCACCUGCGAGGAAGUGGCUUGCGUUGCAUUCUGUCAAUGUUUACAUAACAAACUACAUUUCAGCCUGGUGCCUGAAACGUCUUUAAGUGCUAAUUAAAUGAACGUGAUUAAAGGUGGUGUCUUUACUCCUGGUGCAUUAUGGGUCAGUGGAGGCCUGUGUCGAACCUGAGAGAUCAGGUAUCUCGACACCCUCCCGUGGUUGUGUUCUUCCUCAGUCUGCUAAUCCUCUCCAUAACUUUCCUCUGCAUUGGACUUUACUCUCAGAAUCACAACAUCAAGAACCCUGACGUAAGCGUGGACUGGAACCGGGUUCUGGGUUCUAUCGCUGGUUUUAAGUUCUGCACACAUCUCAAUGACACAAAUGCCCCAAAGGAGGAAGACUCUCCCCGAAUGGUGGAGCAUUCAGAUAAGACGAAUAUUUCCACGAGCAGUGCCCAUGUGUCCUUACUGGUGCCUCUGGCGUUUAUAGGGGACGUCCCAGACAAUACGGCCAUUAGUGCCACUAUGUUGGGCAGCCAGAUGGGCAUGAAAGGGGCUGCAGCGAAAGCAUCGGUCAAUAUAUCUCUGCUCCUGCACACGGAUAUAACCGACAAUCAAACACCCGCUGGGACGCAGCGCAGUCGACCCCUGACCUGUCUUCACUUCACUGCCCUGACCCACGUUUUCCCUCAAACGCCGUCGCCUCCAGAAUGCCCAGUCUCAGAGAGCAAGGAGAAGAGCGCUCCUCCUGUCAGGGCCGCCGCUGUAGAGGAACACAAGCACAACUCUCCGCACUGCUUCAGUCUGAACUUCACACCAGAUCCUCGCCUGACAGUCCUGCUCACUAAGGAUGAAAAGGCCUUGUGCAUGCAUCACCUGAUGCUGGCUAGUGCCGCGCUUCUGGUUAUCUGCGUCCUCGUGACUCUCUGUGGGACUUUUCCUUCACGUUCACCACGUUCUUUCCAAGGCCUUGACCUUCAGAAGGAAUCGCUCCUGAGCCAAUGAGAAGCAUCUGCAGGACAUCCACGUUUUUUGAGCGUGAACUGACAUCAGAACGGAGGAAGACCACUGAAAGAAAUGAGCAUUUGGGCUAUUUCCAUGCGCAGCUCAGAAAUUGCAACCAGGAAUCCAAGCUGCAUGCAGUUCAUUCGGAAUAGAUCGGAAUAGAAAGUGAAUGUAUUUCAUUGCAGCACUGUGCUGCGAUAUGCAAGUGUUAACAAUCACAAUAUAACCCGAGACUGGCGGUUAUAACGCAACUAUACUCCAAGAGUAAGUUAGAUGAUUGAAAGCUUCGUCUUGAUGCGACUCGGAUAUCUUGAAUAUUACAACAUGUUAUUUUUUCUAAAAGCGAAAUGUAAUAAAAUAAUCCGUUGUGCCAUUUUGGCAUUGA